ACACAGCCACUCAUUUCUUGACUGGACCGGUUUGCUAGCUACUGAUAAAAAGAUGAGCCAGGCGGAGCAGGUGCCUGAGGUCGUGCCUGCAUACCACACAGAUGAGCCAGCAGCAACAGACUCCGACAAGGACCACCCACAGACACAACCGGGCAUGUUCAGCAGGUUGGCGGGGGGGUUGUACUGUGCCACAAAAGCCACGGUGGGGGGCGUGACCUGGAUUGGAGGGAAGAGUCUGGACCUUACCAAGACAGCGGUGUGCUCUGUAGCUGCUGUGCCUGCAGCCGGAGUGGGGCUGGUGAAAGGGGGAGUGUGCGCCGUAGCUGGGGGAGUGACCGCUGUCGGCUCUGCGGUGGUCAGCAGAGUUCCGGUAGGUGGCAGCAAAAAGAAGGACAAGUCUGACUGACGGAGGAGGAGAGCGAACACAUAGCUGAGACGUACGGCUCCGACUCUGUUCUGUCGUUUGUGAGCAGAGAAAAGAGCAACAAAGGACCUGAAACCUCAGUAUCCCAAGUUUUGGUGUUGGUUGUUUUGUUACAGAUUAGAAAUCUGCUUUCAAUCACUCAAUUAUGUGUCCAAGAGUUAUAUUAAAAUAGAAACUUGACUUCUCAGUUUCCACGUCAAACCACUCCAAAGAGAACCAACAGAAUAAAAGAGGUGAAAAUUUGUUGCAUGACAAUCAGCAGCGAGGCAUUUCCUGGAAGGUUUUCACCUUUAACUGAAACACAAAUGUUUCAGGAAGUACCUGGUCUCUUUUUUUUUUUUUUCAACUGUUCACAUAAAACUGAAAAAUCUUAGUUACAUACUGGUUGAUAUUUCAGAGUUUUUGAUUAAAUAUAUUUUGUUUCUUUCAUUUCAAUUAGUGUUUCUCUGACUUAGUACCUCUAGCAUAUGUUUAUGUUCUCAGUUUUCUGAAAAGCACUUCCUGCUUUUGAAUAUUUUUAUUGCAAUAAAUAUUAUACAAAUAAGACUUAUUGUAAUGAACAUGUUUCCUAAGUGUACUCCUUUCUUCUUAGUCCUUUGAAUAUAAAGUUUAAACUUGUUCAAAUAAAAAAAAUGAAUUUCA